AUGAACUCUGAAUACGACUAUCUCUUCAAGCUUCUCCUGAUUGGCGAUUCCGGUGUUGGCAAGUCUUGUUUGUUGCUGCGUUUUGCCGAUGACACGUACACUGAGAGCUACAUUUCCACCAUUGGUGUUGACUUUAAAAUCAGAACCAUUGAGCUCGAGGGCAAGACUGUCAAGUUGCAGAUUUGGGAUACAGCUGGUCAGGAACGUUUCCGUACCAUCACCUCUUCUUACUACCGAGGCGCCCAUGGUAUCAUUGUUGUCUACGAUGUGACGGAUCAGGAUUCUUUCAACAACGUCAAGCAAUGGAUGCAAGAGAUUGAAAGAUAUGCUGCUGAAGGUGUAAGCAAGUUGUUGGUGGGCAAUAAGAGCGAUAUGGUCGAUAAGAAGGUGGUCGAGACCGAUCAAGCAAAGGAACUCGCCGACUCGUUGAGCAUACCGUUCUUGGAGACCUCUGCCAAGGACUCGUCUAAUGUCGAACAAGCUUUCUUGACGAUGGCUAAGCAAAUCAAGGACAAGGUUGGUAGCACUAUGCAACAACAACAACCAAAGUCGACCGUCACUGUUGGUCAAGGUGCUGCUGUUCAACCCAAGCAAGGUGGUGGAUGUUGCUAG